ACUGCGGGAAUCCUUUCCGCCGGAUCCAGCCCCCGACGUCCCGGCAGCUCCACCGUAAACAGCUCGGCUCCUCCGGUUCCAUCUUCUCUGCGACCUGAGGCGUCCAUAGUAACCGCAACUUCCGAGUCUGGGGAUCUCCAUGACAACCACGCAGCACUUCCGGUCAGAUCCGAAACCAGGGAGCUCGGGGUCUCAGCUACAAUCGGAUUCCAUCGGCAAUUUCCGUACGCAGCUGCUACGGAUCCUUCAAGCACCGCCCCAUACACUCACAGGGCUCUGAUUGGCUGUCGUGUUUCCCUGUGCCGGGCGGCCCGCCCCUCUCCGGAGAUUCCCCGAUCGUAUCCGAACCCUAGGAAGCGGCUGAUGGCUGUGGCGCAGGAUGCUGCGACCGUGUCCGGGGCGCUCACCGGGGCGGAGGACGGCGCGGACACCGGGCCAGGUGAUGGAGCCUCUGUUAAGACUGAGCAUGAGAGCAAGUCCGGGGAGUCAGCGUCCCACCCGCAGCGAUCCAGCCACCUAGAAUCUACCCCUGCAGAGAGGUCAUCGAGGACGGAAGAGGAGGCCGGAGGUACACCGCCCCCCAAAGAUGACCUGGGAGCGGCCACUGGUGAUGCUGCCCAGACCACUGCAGUCAGUGCUGCCACUGAUGCCACUAAAACCACAGCAGUCAGUGCUACCACCGAUGCCACCAAAACCACAGCAGUCAGUGCUGCCACCGAUGCCACUAAGACCACAGGAGGCAGUGCUGCCACCAAAACCACUGCAGGCAGUGCUGCCACUGAUGCCACUAAAACCACAGCAGUCAGUGCUACCACCGAUGCCACCAAAGCCACAGCAGUCAGUGCUACCACCGAUGCCACCAAAACCACAGCAGUCAGUGCUGCCACCGAUGCCACUAAGACCACAGGAGGCAGUGCUGCCACCAAAACCACUGCAGGCAGUGCUGCCACUAAAACCACAGUAGGCAGUGCUGCCACCAAAACCACUGCAGGCAAUGCUGCCACCGAUGCCCCUAAGACCACUGCAGGCAAUGCUGCCACCAAAACCACUGCAGUCAAUGCUGCCACAGAUGACACUGAAACCACAGCAGGCAACACAUCUGUUAAAACACCCAAAAUGACCCUGAGCAAACCACCUGAACCCACAAAAACUGCCCUGGACAAGGAGCUGGAAGCUCUUCUGCUGUCCCUUGGACCAGCAAAUCCUCCCUCGCCUCCCGACGUCCUCAUGAUCCAAGUCGAGCAGAAUGGCACCAGUGGGACAUUGUGGGGAAAAGGCCGACCCCUAGACCCAUCGAGGAAGGAGCCCACCGUGACCCGAAGGGAAAGGGCCUCCACCUCCACUACGACCAGCCACCACGUGGACUAGGUGCCAACCUGCGUGAGUUUUCAAGCACCGGAUGGCGAGUGAGAAGCAUGGCCUGCUGACCAUUACGGAGGGGCGAGGUCUGACCGUCCGCGUCCCAACUCACCCCGGAUGGAAAGCGACUCUGCUGGGAGUUCGCCACUGAAGACUACGACAUUGGUUUUGGGAUCUACUUUGACUGGACUCCGGUCACCAGCACAGCCGUGACUCUUCAGGUCAGCGAGUCCAGCGACGAGGAGGAGGAGGAAGACGCCGA